AUGGCAUCGCUCGUGCUUCGCUUCACGUUCCGUGCGCCGUGGCGGCUCAGCUCGAAAGAAAUGGAGGGCAUGGUAAAGUUGCAGGUCGCGCUCUGCUCGAACCCCGAAGCUCUAGUGAUCUUGGGGCGGAUCUCGCUGGGGACGCAGCUCGUGAGGUCUGCGCCGAUGGGUCCGCUCGAGCGCCAGGAGAUGCAGAAGAGCGCGUUCGCCAGCCCCGGGGGCAGCAGCGGGCAGCGAACGGUGGAGCAGCAGGUGCUCGACGCGAACCCCGUGCUGGAGGCGUUCGGGAACGCCAAGACGGUCCGCAACGACAACUCCUCACGGUUCGGGAAGUUCGUGGAGGUGGAGUUCGACCCGACGGGCAGGCUGCUCUCCGCGCAGAUACACAACUACCUGCUCGAGAAGUGCCGCAUCGUCACUCAGCAGCCCGAG